AUGAGUAAGUCAUGAUUGAAUGUUCAAUCACAGACAAAAGGGGGAAAUUUACCAGUAUCUUUGGCACAAUCUAGCGUUUAGCUAACUAGGUAACGUGAGGCCCCAACUCUGCAUUCACAAGUUUCCAGCUAGCGUUAGCAUAGCCAGCUAGCUAGCUAGAUCAUGCCUUGCCAUGCGGUAUAGCGAUGAAGCUACAAUUGAAUUGUUGGGACUAGCUAGCUAUUUAACUAGCUGUAUUUACCCAAUUACCUUUUCGGUGAAACGUCUUAGUUGUUUGUCCAGUGUAGUCCUGGCGUUCUCCAAGAUGAGCAGUUUGUACAUGAGACAUCUUUUGGUGACAUUGAGGUCGGUGGGAAGCCACACAGGACUCGGCUGCUGCGGCAUUACGGUGACUGAUGAGACUCACUGGCUGGAGCUCAACUCGACCAAACCUUUUUAGUUGACACCUUCACCUGACAGCGUGACACUUGAUGUUCUUCUUCUUUGAUGUUUAAUGGCGGCUGGGCCGAAAUUCUGGGUGCGUUCGUAAAUUGCCUCUAUUGUGUCAGUGUGCUCUGGGUGCGUUCGUAAAUUCAGAGGCGAAAACAAACAUAUACUGAUCAAAAAUAAGCAUCAUGCAACAAUUUCAAAGAUUUUAAUGAGUUACAGUUCAUAUAAGGGAAUCAGUCAAUUGAAAUGAAUUCAUUAGGCUCUAAUCUAUGGAUUUUACAUGACUGUGAAUACAGUUAUGGAUCUGUUGGUCACAAAUAAAAUAAAAAAAGUUUGGGGCAUGGAUCAGAAAACCGGUCAGUAUCUGGUGUGACCGCUAUUUGCCUCAUGCAGUGCGAUACAUCUCCUUUCGCAUAGAGUUGAUCAGGCUGUUGAUUGUGGCCUGUGGAAGGUUGUCCCACUCCAAUGGCUGUGUGAAGUUGCUGGAUAUUGGCAGGAACUGGAACACGCUGUCCUGCACCUCGAUCCAGAGCAUCCCAAACAUGCUCAAUGGGUGACAUGUCUGGUGAGUAUGCAGGCAAUGGAAGAAAUGGGACAUGUUCAGCUUCCAGGAAUUGUGUACAGAUCCUUGUGACAUGGGGGCUGUGCAUUAUCAUGCUGAAACAUGAGGUGAUGGCGGCAGAUGAAUUGCACGACAAUGGGCCUUUGGUUCUCGUCACGGUAUCUCUGUGCUUUCAAAUUGCCACUUGCCACCCUCCCUCCCUCCCACCCUCUCUCCCCCUCCCCCCCUCCCUCCCUCCCGCCCUCCCUCCCUCCCUCCCUCAUUCUUUUCCUCCCUCUUAAACUCUUUCAUUUCCUUUCUCCAAGUCACUCUGGUGUCUUACAAUUACCAUGUUCUGUUUAUCUUUCUCUCCCAGACUGUGAAGACUUCAUCGAGGAGCGUGAGCGCCACAGUUCUCCCCUCUUCGUCCCUGACAUCCCUGCCCUUCUAGGAGUUCCCGACAGAGCCAGACUCACCCAGCCACCCGGCCUGGAGGUCAGGACGUCAGGCAUCGCUGGAGCAGGACUGGGGGUGUUCAACUAAGGAAACACUGUGGACCUUAUGAAGGAGAGAUCACAGACAAGGACCAGGCCAUGGAGACUGAAGACUCCUGGGUGGUGAGAGAGUAGUGUGUCUGUCUGUCUGUCUGUGUGUGAGUGGGUAGGUUAAAAUGUUAAUAAUUAAAGUCUGGUUUUAGCACCAGAUUAGUCCAAAGAAUAGGUUAAAUGUCUGGACUGUUGUUCAUAGUCAGUGCUUCAGGCUCUGAACAUGCUUUGGCCACAGUCAUAGGCUCUGGCUUGAGGUUUCAAACUUUGAUCGAAACUCUAAAGUUGUGUUGUUUUCCUCAGAUCCAACAGACACUGGGAGGACUCCAGUUGUUUUCCUCAGAUCCGUAAUACACUGGGAGGACUACAGUUGUUUUCCUCAGAUCCAUCAGACACUGGGAGGACUACAGUUGUUUUCCUCAGAUCCGUCAGACACGUGGAGGACUACAGUUGUUUUCCUCAGAUCCGUCAGACACUUGGAGGACUACAGUUGUUUUCCUCAGAUCCGUCAGACACUUGGAGGACUACAGUUGUUUUCCUCAGAUCCGUCAGACACGUGGAGGACUACAGUUGUUUUCCUCAGAUCCGUCAGACACGUGGAGGACUACAGUGUUUCCUUAGAUCCUUCAGACACGUGGAGGACUACAGUUGUUUCCUCAGAUCGUCAGACACGUGGAGACUACAGUUGUUUUCCUCAUGAUCCUUCGCACUUGGAGUCACAGUUUGCUUUCUAAGAUCCGUCCAGACCAGUGAGGACUACAGUUGUUUUCCUCAGAUCCGUCAGACACGUGGAGACUACAGUUGUUUUCCUCAGAUCCGUCAGACACGUGGAGGACUACAGUUGUUUUCCCUCAGAUCCGUCAGACACGUGGAGGACUACAGUUGUUUUCCCUCAGAAUCCGUCAGACACGUGGAGGACUACAGUUGUUUUCCUCAGAUCCGUCAGACACGUGGAGGACUACAGUUGUUUUCCUCAGAUCCGUCAGACACGUGGAGGACUACAGUUGUUUUCCUCAGAUCCGUCAGACACGUGGAGGACUACAGUUGUUUUCCUCAGAUCCGUCAGACACGUGGAGGACUACAGUUGUUUUCCUCCAGACGUCAGACACUUGGAGGACUCAGUGUUUGCUCAGAUCCGUCCGACACGUGGAGGACUACAGUUGUUUUCCUCAGAUCCGUCAGACACGUGGAGGACUACAGUUGUUUUUCCUCAGAUCCGUCAGACACGUGGAGGACUACAGUUGUUUUCCUGUCAUCUGUCUCUCUCCCCAUCCCCUCUCUCUGUUUCUCUUUAUUUCUGUCUCUCCCCCAUCCCCUCUCUCUGUCAGAUAUGCUAACUGUCCCCGUUGUGAGGAGGAACAGAAUCUGGUGGCCUUCCAGUACAGAGGAGGGAUUCUGUACCGCAGCUGUAAGCCCAUAGCUGUUUGUUUGGUAUGGAGAGGAGUAUCUAUGGGGCAUAAAGAGUUCUGCUAA